UACUUGGUAUAUAUAGUCUGCCUAUUCUUCCUCUCUUCAUUCUCCUUUUCAAAAGAUAUUAUUUCAUGAUGUUUUAUUAUCAGAAUAUGGCUGAUCAGGAACUGCCACCCUCCGUUACAAGCAUAGUUCUAGUAGGGCGUAAUAAUGGCAAUGGAAAAAGCUUCACUGGAAACACCCUCCUCGGUGAAAAACUCUUCAUAUCCAAAGCAGAUGCAGGAGGUGUUACCAUGGAAGAAGACGAUAAGCUCAAGGAAAAAGAAAGGGAGAUCGAAUCUAAGAGCCUUGCGGAAGCAGAGGUAAUUGCAAUGAAAGAGAGGUCACGGAAGGAGCAUGACCAUACUAUGAAUAUGGCACACGAAGAAGUGGAGCAUGCGCUAAAACAAAAUACGGAAACACAUGAAAAAGAGACGCAGCAUCAUGUGAUUGAUGUCUCCGACAGUACUGCCGAUGAAGUAGUAAUAAAAGAUCGACCACAUAGGUUUGGUGUGAUUGUUUCACAACUUUUAAAUCAUCAUCUACUACUGUUUUGUGUGUUUUAUUGCUUUUGCUUCUUCUACUUUUGCAUUUUCCCAACUCUACUGUAAUGUUAAGGAUAUCUCCAUACCGUCUUUGCCAACAAUAUGUGUCUACUAAAACAUACAAUAAAUCUGAAAAAGAUGAAUUAAGUGAUCAAAA